CUGCAGGGAAUACAUUCUAAGACCCUCCAGUGGAUGCCUGAAACCACAGACAGUAUGGAACCUUAUAUAUACUAUGUUUUUUCCUACAUAUACAUACCUACGGUAAAGUUUAAUUUAUAAAUUAAGGCAUAGUAAGAGAUUAAGAACAAUAACUAAUAAUAAAGUAGAACUAUAACACUAUACUGUAAUAAGUUAUGUGGAUAUCGUCUGUCUCUCUCGGAAUGUCUCAUACUAUACUCACUUUCUUCUUUCUGUGAGGAUGUGAGAUAAUGAAAUGCCUACGUGAUGAAACAAAGUGAAGGAAAUGACAUAGGCAGUUGAUGUAGCCUCAGGCUACCAUCGAUCUCCUGACUGUACAUCAGAAGGAAGAUCAUCUGCUUCUGAACUACCUCUGACUAUGGGCAACCGAAACCAUGGAAAGCGAAACUGUGGAGAAGCAGGCUGUUCCGGGAUGCCUGAGAAGACACGUGUACCAGACCACAAGCAUCAAUAAAAACCCCAGGCCCCUAGCAAAGACUUCCUGUACUCCGACUGUACCUGCUCUCUCUCUCUAUUCCUUCAAUAAACUCUGCUUUCACCUCCUGAUGGUUCAAGUUUGAUUUCCAUCCUUUGUGAAGCCAAGGGCCAUCUUGGCUGGUCCUGUGUGACUCCCUCUGGGUCCUUCGACCCAGCCUGCCUGCAUCAUCUUGGCGACCACAAAGGGACCCUCAGAAGAACAGCAGUAGCGUCAGAUUUAGUCUGCAAAGCACAAUUUGGCUUUCAGGAACCGUACCUCUUUGGGGAAGCGGCAGCUGAGGGGACGUCGGCGCUCUCCAUGGCCAACGAAAAGCCCAAGCAAGAAGUCACGACUAAGAACAAUGAUCAUAUUAAUUUGAAGGUGGCAGGGCAGGAUGGUUCUGUGGUGUACUUUAAGAUUAAGAGGCAUACGCUACUCAGUAAACUGAUGAAAGCCUACUGUGAACGGCAGGGUUUGCCAAUGAGGCAGGUCAGGUUCCGAUUCGAUGGACACCCGAUCAAGGAAACGGACACACCUGCACAGCUGGAAAUGGAGGACGAAGACACAAUUGAUGUGUUCCAGCAGCAGACAGGAGGUGGCUACUAAGCAGGGAUCCCGCCACUUUACUCUAGAACUCGGUUCCUCCAGACCAAGAAGAUAGGCUCAAUUAGAAAACCACAAUUCGGUUCUACCACAUCAUGACUACUACAGUACAGCUUUCUCUGUUCCUUCAUUUUCCCUUCCCCGUUCCUUUAUUGUGCAUAGAGCAACUGUGUAUGUGCACAACCACACUGCAUUUGUUUUUAAAUAAAUGGUCAAUGGUAUGUUUUGACUGACAUCAAGUGGGGAAAAAUACUGGUUCCGUGAAAAUAUCCCUUUUCUCCAUUAGUAGCAUGCUCCUUCAGCUCUUAUCUUUAUAUUCGAGUAAGUUGUUUUGCUCUCGUGGUUUAACAAAAAAAGAACAACAUAAAAAUCUUUGCCCACGAUCGUGCGAUCGAAGAAUUUUAAUGCCCUUUGUAAUUGUGAAAGCAGUGAUAAUUUUAUAACUUUUUUGUAUGUAGGUAUUACAUGUAGGGCAAUCUGUCCCUAAGUAGGGAUAAACUACUCUAAAAGAAAUGGAUCCCAGGGGCGCCUAGGUGGCUCAGUGGGUUGAGCUUCCGACUUCGGCUCAGGGCAUGAUCUCACGGUCCGUGAGUUCAAGCCCCACAUCGGGCUCUUUGCUGACAGCUCGGAGCCUGGAGCCUGUUUCGGGUUCUGUGUCUCCCUCUCUCUGACCCUCCCCUGUUCAUGCCCUGUCUCUCUGUGUCUCAAAAAUAAACACUAAAAAAAUUUUUUUUAAAGAAAUGGAUCCUAGAUAGUUUUCCCUUCAAGUCAAGGCAUCUUGUUGUUUAAAUAAACUUCUUGUUUAAAAUGAAAAAAAAAAAAAGAAUUAAGCAAAUACAUGACUCCACCCACUUUGGUGGAGACACUAUGGAAAAUCUAUUGCAUCAAGUAUUCAGAGGAAAGAAUCUAACCAAGACUAUAAGAAAAGUUACCAGAGAAUGUGAGAUUUGUGUCAAAAAUGACCCAAGGUCCAAUCCUAUGCCUUUCCUCUUGAUUAAGCCAUUUGAACAUACAAACACUUACCCUGGGGAAGACUGGCAAAUUGACUUCACUCAAAUGCCACCCUAUCUGGGAUAUAAGUAUCUGUUGGUUUAUGUGAGUACAUUUACAGGGUGGGUAGAGGCCUUCCCUGUAGGAUAGAAAGAGCUUUAGAGGUUUCUAAGACCUUUUUGAAGAGGUGUCUGCGUGGCUCAGUCGGUUAAGUGACUUCAGUUCGGGUCGUGAUCUCAUAGUUCGUGAGUUUGAGCCCUGCAUCGGGCUCUCUGCUGUCAGCACAGAGCCUGCUUCAGAUCCUCUGCCUCCCUCUCUCUGCCCCUCCCCAGCUUGCGCUCUCUCUCUCUCUCAAAACUAAACAAAUAUUAAAAAAAAAAAAAAGACCUCAUUAAAGGAAGUCAUACCUAGGUUCGGACUUCUCCAGAAUCUGCAAAGUGAUAAUGGCCCCUCUUUCGCUGCUAAAAUAACACAACAAUUAUCAGUGACUCUAGGGAUCUGCUAUCAACUCCACGCCUCACGUAGGCCUCAAUCCUCAGGAAAAAUGGACAAAACGAACCAUAUCCUUAAACGAACUCAGGCAAAACUCUGUCAACGAACUCGUGAAACAUGGUAACAGAUGUUACUGAUGCUUUGCUAAGUGGUUCCAAGGAGGAGUCUUAAAUUGGGCCCCUUUAAAUUAAAAUAUGGAAGACCUUUUCUCACUGCAGCUCUAUGGUUUGCUGAGGAAACCAACCAAAUUUUAAAAUAUAUUAGUAGUCUGGGUAAAGUACUAGUCUCUCCAAAAGCAUGGAAAUAAAAUACUUCCAUAUCCCACUGAAGACAAGCAAUCUGUGCCAAUACUAGCAGGAAGGUACCAUUCAAAACAAGGAAAAGGGGGUCAACUGAAGAUCAGCUCGAACCACGGUGGGAAGGGCCCUGUCAAGUUUGACUCAGCACCCCCACAGCAGUAGAGUCAAACUAUCUCCAGCUGGGUUCACUUGUCCAGAA